AUGAUACACGCCUUCACCCAGGGUUUGAUGGAUGGCGACUUCUUCCGCUCGCUCAUCAGAAAGUCGUCACGUGAUUAUGACCAUAUGUUGAAAAAGGUGAGCGAAUACAUCAACGUGGAGGAAGCGCAAGCGGCCCGAAAGAAGGAAACACCGGCAGAGUUAGCAACACCAACCGAGAGUCGGCAACCCACAACAUUCGCGAUUGUCGGAGUCUCAUCCCGGUCGCUAAGCCAAGGAACUAUCGUCGUCGAUCAUCUUCGCCUAACCGGCAUCAUAACCAUCAAAAUGCUGGACGGCGAACGGCUAGACAAUCACCCGAGCAGCGACAUCCACUCUAACCAAGAAGCAACCCCCGAGCCUCCCAAGAACGGGCUAGACCGUCUGCUCGAGAGGAAGAAAAUAGAAGCAACACCGCUCGGGGGAAAAUCAACAUCAUCGCCGGGGGGGCCAACCAGUGGAGAUUCCAACCGAGCCCGCAAGUCGUACGCCCGACGGUUGGAGGUCCAUGUCGUAGGGUGCAGCCAAGAGAAGGCAAACGGGCCUGAGAUCAGCUUCGGCCCUAGCAACCUCGAGGGAGUUGAAAUGCCUCACGACGACGCCCUCAUUAUCCGAGCGGUAAUAGCGAACUACACUAUUCAGCGUAUCUUUAUUGACAUAGGGAGCUCGGUCAACAUCAUCUUCAAGAGGACAUUCGACCAACUUCAGAUCGACAGUGCUGAGCUGCUGCCUAUGACAACACCCCUGUUCGGAUUCACGGGUAACGAGGUUCAACCGGUCGGCCAGAUAAAAUUGGUCAUUUCGCUCGGAGAAGAGCCGCUCAGAAGGACGCGGACCACUAACUUCAUCGUAGUGGACGCGCCCUCGGCGUAUAACGUCAUUUUGGGCCGACCAGCCCUCAGCGAAUUCCGGGCUGUCGUCUCAACAUUCUAUCAUAAGAUCAAAUUCCCUGUCGAGGACCAAGUGGGAGAGGUCAGAGGCGAUCAGUUGGCAGUGUUGGGACCGAAAUGUAGCUAG